AAGCAAGCUGAUUGGCCGAGGCCUAGCAAAGGGUGCCCGGGGAUCCUAAACUGCAGGCCGCACUUAGCUUACCGUCAAAAAUAAACCAAAACAAUAACAGACAAAACUGAGAAGGGGGAGAAACACCGAUAGAGUCAGAAGACGACGCUAUCAGAGGGAUUGAUUACUUUACCUUGAUGGAAGGAAGCGCAUCAAAUAUCCUAUUGGUUGUAUUCUAAGGGUUUUGUCAUCAAAUGUGAAGUAUUUUCCCAGAUUAAAGACAUGGAUCAAGGAGGAGGGGUGUUGGAGCUGCACACUCAGGAGCUGAAGAUGCCCCACGCUAUGAUCAUGCAAGACUUUGUUGCAGGAAUGGGGGGUCUGGCUCACAUCGAUGGCGAGCACAUUGUGGUGUCUGUGCCCGAAGGUAUGCUUCUCUCCGAUGUGAUGACGGACGAGGGCAUCCUCCUGGAGCACGAGCUCGAGGUGGAAGGCCUAGAGACUCAUGUGGUUCAAGGCCUAGAGACAGAGGUGGUCGAGGAACUGGAGACCGAGGUGGUGGAGAGCUUACAUUCAGAUGUCGACUGCUUGGAGGCAGAAGUGGUGGACGGGCUACAUACGCAUGUGGUCGAGCUGGAGGCUCAGGUUGUCGAGGGCCUAGAUGAUGAGGUGGAAGUGGAGGGUCUGGAGGCGCAUAUGGUGGAGGGCCUGGAAACUGAGGUAGAUGUUGAGGACAUGGAAGCUCACGUUAUCGAGGGCCUUGAGGAGGAGGUGGAAGUGGAGGGUUUGGAAGCUGAGGUUGUCGAAGGCCUGGAGGUAGACGUCGAAAGUCUGCAGUCUCAGGGGGUGGAAGCCCAUGAAAUUACCACUGAAGACAUGGUGUCCUCGGAACACUGUGUGAUCAUGCCUGAGAACAUCCUGGGCACAGAGGUCGCAAUAGAGGAAGAUCUGGACCACCAUCACCACCAUCAUCAUCAUCAUCAUCAUGUCUUAACUUCAGACCUCAUCCAGGGCUCGAACCACCACGACAUGCCAGACCAGGUGUUUGUGGCGGAGCUACUGUCUGAGCACCAGGACAACACUCUGGACCACCAGCUUGUGUCCGAGGGCUUGAUGGUGACGGAGGCCAACUCCGAGACUAUAAUCCACCAACAGCUGCCAGCUGAGGCUGUUAGCCUGCAGACAGACGAGGAGGAUGAUGCAAGAAGCAGCUCUGAGGAUUACCUCAUGAUCUCCUUGGAUGAGGUGGGAGAGAAGCUGGACAUAGGAGACACUCCCCUGGAGAUCAGCACUGAGGUGUUGGAAGACAAGGAGUGUAAAGAGGAGGACGGCUCUGAGGUCAUCAAAGUCUACAUUUUCAAAGCUGAAGCGGACGACGAUUUAGGUGGAACAGAGGUAAUAACGGAGGACGAUUACCAGAAUGGCCACCCUGACCUGGAAGCUGCAUCGUCGGGCAGACUGGGAGUUGGCCGUGACAAGAUGGUCUACAUGGCAGUCAAGAACCAUCCAAAAGAAGAAGAGGACGAUGAGGACGACAGCGAUGAGGAUGACGAUGAUGACAUUAGUAAUACCAUUGAUCGGGUGAGGAAUGGAGCUGCUACGCCAUUUCUUCAAAUCCGAGAGGGGCUGGGUGCAAACCGUGCCCUCAAACCCAAACCUAAGAAAAAGAAGAAAGGAGAAAUCCGACAGUCUCAGACUGCUGUUAUAAUUGGACCAGACGGUUUGCCUCUGACGGUCUACCCCUGCCACUUAUGUGGAAAGAAGUUUCGCUCAAGAGGCUUCCUCAAAUGCCACAUGAAGAACCACCCGAACCACCUGCUUAAAAAGAAGUACCAGUGUACGGACUGCGACUUUACCACCAACAAGAAGGUCAGUUUCCAUAACCACUUGGAGAGUCACAAGCUGCUGAAUCACAGCAAUGAGCGCUCUCCAGAAUACAGCGAGUACGCGCGGCGCUACCACGAGUCCAGCCCCUUGGGCUCCGACAAGCUCAUCGUCAAGGACCGGGAGCCCAAACUGCACCACUGCAAGUACUGCGAUUAUGAGACGGCGGAACAAGGCCUGCUCAACCGUCACCUGCUGGCCGUGCACAGCAAGAACUUUGCACACGUGUGCGUCGAGUGCGCCAAAGGCUUCCGCCACCCGUCGGAGCUGAAGAAGCACAUGCGGACCCACACGGGAGAGAAGCCCUACCACUGCCCGCACUGCGAGUUCCGCUGUGCGGAUCAGUCCAACCUUAAGACUCACAUAAAGAGCAAGCACGGCGCGGAUCUGCCUUUCAAGUGCAGUCACUGUCCGCAAGCCUACGCCGACGCACGGGAACUCCAGCGUCACAUAGAGAUGGUGCAAGGCCACAAGACCCACCAGUGUCCACACUGUGAGCACAAGAGCACCAACUCCAGUGACCUGAAGCGGCACAUCAUCUCCGUUCACACCAAGGACUUCCCCCACCAGUGCGACGUGUGUGAGAAAGGCUUUCACCGGCCUUCGGAGUUGAAGAAACACGCGGAGACACACAAGGGCAACAAGAUUCACCAGUGCCGCCAUUGUAACUUCAACGCUCCCGACACCUUCACUUUGAGUCGCCACAUCCUGUCCUUGCAUACGAAGGACCUCCCCUUCAAGUGCAAGCGUUGCCGGCGAGGCUUCCGGCAGCCCGCUGAGCUGAAGAAGCACAUGAAGACGCACAGCGGUAGAAAGGUUUAUCAGUGCCAGUAUUGUGAGUAUAACAGUACGGACGCUUCUGGCUUCAAACGCCACGUCAUCUCCAUUCACACGAAGGACUACCCCCACCGCUGCGACUACUGCACCAAGGGCUUUAGGAGGCCCUCGGAGAAGAGCCAGCACAUAGCCAGGCAUCACAAAGACAUGCUGAUGUAAUGCCGCCGCGCACACAAACACACUCCUCUUUCCCGAGUACAUCUGUGUCACACACCCAGAGGUCAUUUUAGUGUAUUAACAAAGAAGUGACGCUGUUAAUGAAGACGGCAACAUUAUAAUUGCCGUUGUGUGUUCUGUGUCGUCAUGGGUGUAAACCUCCUCCCCCAGGGGUAAUGCAAGAACAUAUUUUAGAUGGGGGCGAAGACUAAAAAGAAAAAAAAAGGCAGUGUGUACACUGAGUGGGACAGCUGUAAAUUGUGUUUUGUUUUUGUUGCAGAAAAAUCACAUAUGAACAUAUAUUCAGGGUCUCAAAUGUCUAUAUUUUUAUACCCACUCAGCUGAAAUGCUGCAAGAUGAUGACUGUGUCCUGUAAAACAGAAAGUGGUGCUUUGUGAACGUCAUGCCAGUUCUUCAGAUGAUGUGGAAUGAGCACCGGAGAAGUUUACCUCCAUAGUACCGACUAGUAUCUUUUUUUUUCCCCCUAUUAACCAGCUUUUAUCCCGACGUCUGUUUUCAGCGGCGUCCGGUCUUUAAGGGGCGGGGCCAUUGGAUCAGUUCAGAAAUGGUUUUGAGUGAUGUUGACGCAUUACGCACCUUAAAAAGAUGU